GAAGCUAAGUAUGUUAGCCGCUUGGCUAACAGACGUAACUAGCAGACGAGGCUAGCAGAGCUCUGGGCGGACAGUGAAAAUGCUGGUAAAAGUGAGACUGGGUGAUGUCCAAAAAGUUGUUAGAAUAACGGAACCAAAUUUGUCGGACUUUUUGAAUGCAGCAUUUUCCAAAUUCGGUGUCCCAGCUAUAACAGAAGGUGUCAAAGUUGUUGACAGUUCAGGGACUGAGAUAGACGAUGAUGUUUUUGAGGAAAUUGUGAAGGAUCCAUCCACUGGGGUACUAACCAUCAAAUACGAAACAGAAUCUGUCUCCAUGGUAACCUCUCCAAAGUCCCAAUCAUCCGUUUGUUCAUCGGACUCAGACACAAUCAUCCUUGAAGACACUCCUACCAGAAAGCGUCAGAGGCUGGACUUUGAAGCUAUGCAACUGGUGAAAUCCAUUCUUACCAAGAAAUCGGGUGGAGAAUAUUUAAUAAAUGAAUACAACCGAACUAAGUCCUUGACAGAUGAGAGCAGAAGAAAAUUGGUGAAUAUACUGGCAGCUGAGAUGGCGGAGAAGAAUGGACAGGUGAAGGAAAUGUAUGCACAAGGAAUUGUGAACUUGUUCCCCAACCUCAAAGACCCAUUUUUCAAGAAUGGCUAUGAACAUUUUUAUGAUAGCAACAGUGGUACUGGGUACUUGUCCUGGAGAAUUAAAACUAUUCAGAGAUGCAGUGCUAAAGAAAGGCGAUCAUCAUUUGGAGCUUUGGCGGAAGGACCAUCUGAUGAAGACAAGUCGGGAGGACCAACUGUUGGACGAGUUACCCAAUUCAUUCCAGAGAUUGUCCUGUCUGGAGAUGAGUGCAAGGAAGCGAUGUCACUGAUGAAACAUUCGGCUGAUGUGGACAUGGUCAUCAAAGAGAUGAAACUGACAUUUGCUCAUCGGCAUAACAUGGUCCUGGACCCACAGCAGUCAAGCAACAUUCUAUCUUAUUUUCCUCGUUUUAAAGACAUCAAAGGCUUGGUUGAACAGGAUUUUUUUCUAUUGUUUGGAGAGGAUGUAUCGGGCAAGUUUCUGGAGAAGUAG